AUGAGGUUCACUUCAAGUUCCUUCGUUACUCUCUUUGUCUGUGCGUUGCUCGCCGCUGCCCACGCGCCAUCCAGACUUUCUUCAGAGGAGCUGGCUAUCCGCGACCUCGCCUCGUCGAAGUGCGCUCGCCAUGUCGGCGAAAUGCAACGUAGGCGCAUCGAAAAACGCGCGAAAGAGUUGAUGAAGCGAGACGGCACUUCCACCGUCACCGUCACGACCGAGUCUCCCUAUUACCCUGAGAUUCAGAACGAGACCUGCAUUCUCACCCCCGAUGUUACCACUGGACCUUACAUCUGGCCAAAGUCUCAGACGCUGCGUCAGGAUAUGACGGAGGACCAGCCUGGUAUCCCUCUCAUUUUGGAUAUCGGUGUCAUCGACAUCAACACCUGCGAGCCUAUGCAAAAUGUCCUCGUCGACAUAUGGCACUGCAACGCGACUGGUUCUUACUCUUCAUUCACCAAGCGUGACCCCAACAUCCCCUUCGAAGAACUCCUUGCCAUGUUGAACUUAACAAUUGGCCCCGGUCUUGAUCUCCAUACCGAUAACACAACUUUCCUUCGAGGCAUGUGGCCGACCGACGAGGAAGGCAUGAUGGAGAUGAAGACCAUUGUCCCGGGUUUCUACGUGCAGAGAGCCAUUCAUGUGCACGUACAGGUUCAUCAGGACUGGGUGCUCCAAUCUAACGGAACUGUUCUCACCGAUACGACGUCUAGCACCGGUCAAGUCUUCCUCGGAGAGGAGCUCUCUGAAUACUUGAUGUCUCUGGAGCCGUACUCUUCGCAUACAGAGAUUGAAAGAACUACGAACGACGUGGAUGAUAUAUACCAGGGAGAGGCACGUAACGGGUGGUUCCCGGAGUUGGCCGUGGUUCCGAUAGAUGGCGAGGACUACGCCAAUGGCAUCGUAGGUUACAUCACCGUUGGCGUGAACGCGACCUCUUGA